ACGAGUGUAGAGAGUAAGAGAUUAGAUCAAGAGUCUAAGAGAAACGCCAUGGAGGCUAAGAAUAAUCAGAACUGUCUAAUCUUUAUUAUGGAUGAGGUUACAAUAUAUAUAGGAGAGACAUUAGGGCUUUCAAGUAAGGGAAAUGGCACUAGUCUAAGCAUGUGUAGUCAAGGUCAGAAAGUAACACACGCGUUUGGCUUUACAGCCUGUCCAAGAGCUGGAUAGAUAAGGCGCGCUCCAACCUUAUCCAUAAACGGUCUGAUCCGUUCCAAACCUUCCGUGUCUGAUGGUGGCUUUGCCUUCCAUCCUCCUUCUCCUUUACGUUCUCUUAUCUGUACGGUCAUGCCCUAUCCGUACAUGCCAUGCCCUAACUUUGCACAACCUUUAAAUAGACUUUAAAGGUGAUUCAAGUCAUCAUGGUCGAGGUGAUCCGUACUGGCCGUACACUGGCCGUACCGUCCGUACACACGCCGUCCAUUCCCUCUCCCAUUACUCUCCUAACUCCUCCUCUCUUAUCAUAAUGGCUUCCUCAUCUCAAUAUCAAUGACCAUAGUUUUAUCUUCACUUGGUUUAUUAUAUAUAAUCAGGAAAUUUGUGUCGAUUAGAUUUUAACCUCCAUAAGAUAUGUAUAAACCAUAAAAAAUACAGUAUGAAAUAAAUUCAAUUUGGGAUAUAUUCAAUUUGGGAUAUAUUAAUUAUGGGUGAGCAUGGAUUGAAUAUCCAGAUUUGUAGAAGUAUUUGUGAUUCAAUCGUUUUGUCCGAGUUUUCAAAUUUUUUAUUUGAUUCAAUCCCUAAUCAUCGGGGUAUUCGAUGUCUACAUCCGGAAAAUUAUAUAUAUUUUAAAUGGAUAUUCGAUUUGAUCCAUUCAAAUAACAUAAAAAUGAAAAAUAAAUAUAAAAUAGUAAUGUUAUAUUUUUUUAAAAAAAAUUGAAAACUCUGAUAACAUAAUAACAAUAAUAAAUUUAAUAACUUUUUUUUCAAAACUUGCAUGUAAAUAUAAUAAUUAUAUAAUUUAUCUAUAUAAUUCUUUAAAUACAUAUAUCUAUAUAUAUAUAUAUUUAUUUAUUUAUUUAUAUAGCAGAUCGGAGCGGUAUCCUGUAUUUAAAAUAUAAGUAUCUUUUAAUGUUUCAAUUUUUAUGUAUAUUGCAUAUUACUAUUUGGUUUGCUCUUUAGAGUUACAAAUAUCCGGAUAUUUUAGAUGAAGAAUGAAUCGAAUCAAAUUCUACGGAUAUAUUAAUGUCCACUCAUAAUAAUGUUUUGCACCUUAGGUGACCGCUUGAGCGACCUCUAUUGAUCUAUAUAAUCAAUUUUUAUAGUAAAUUACCAUGCAUCUGCUUUUAGCACACAAAAAGGGAAAGUUAAUCAUCUACAUUCAAAGAUUGCAAGAGAAGGAGUGAGAUGAUCUAUAGACUAUGCAAUGUGUUGGUAGAAUUACGUAGACUGAUCCAAAUUAGGGAAAUCCAAAGGACAUACACAUGCAUAUAUAUAAUAUGGGGUGUAUGUGUGUGGGUUUGUAUAUGAGCGAGAGAGGGGGUUAUUAAGAAAGGAACAUGUGAAAGCAUUAACAGAAGGUGGGGUUUUGUAUUGAUGUCUUGUUCUUGGAAUGGAGCCACAUGGUAGGAGGGACUCUCAAAGCGCCUCUUUUAGGGGUAGUUGUGAUGCAGCCAAAUAAGAGCCCUUGCAUGUGACUCCAUGUGUUUUUUCAUCCCUCACCCAUAUUAUUCCCUUCUUCGUCGACUUCUCUCUUUACAAAUUAUAAUAUAUAUACUUUUACAUAAUUACCUACAUGUAAUAUUAUUAUUUAUUGUGAUAUUCUUUAUUUUUUUUUUUUUGGUUGCAUGUCAGUUAAUAUUGUUGAUUCAGAAAAAAGAUUACUACUAAGUAUAUAUUACCAUUAACUAGUACUUUCAAAUCCUCGUAAGAGAUUGUGUUUUGUACCUGAAAGUAAACUAAUAGUACUCAAAAACAUAUUACCUCAUUUAUGUAUACAGUGAAAAUUAACUUCACAAUAAGUUCCACAAAAUGACAUAUAUCAUCAGCCAUUGUUACAUGCAAACAAAUGUAGGACCUACUACUCCUUUUUCUCUGUCUCUCUCAUAUUCUAAGUUUGCUAUAUAUGUAAGCUUCUCCCUUGUAGACUUUCCUUUGUAGCAAGAAUAAUUUCUCAUAUGGAGAGGCAAAUCAUAAACAAGAAGAAACGAGUGUUUUCUGUUGAACCAAACAAGAUACCCCCUAGUGAAGUUUUCACGAGGAAAUACACACGCCUCUUAGUUCCUGCACUCAAGAAGCUCAACAUGAACAAGAACUCUUCACAAGCCAACCAACUAACCGUGAAGCAUGAAGUAGACAUGGCUUUGGCUUUGUCUGCCCAAGAAUUUGCAUGGAGCCGUUUCUUGCUACAGAAGCUAUCGUCAUCGAACAAUCCAACCACUACUACCAGUUCUUCUUCCAAUGGAAUUCGUAUUCAAAAAAGAUCCGGUAAAGAAGGUGGAGACGAAGAUGGAGAGAUAGAGGAGAAAAUGAGGGAACUGCAGAAGCUUUUGCCAGGUGGUGAAGAGAUGAAUGUAGAAGAAAUGUUGGGUGAGAUUGGCAAUUACAUUAAGUGUCUUGAGUUGCAAACGAUUGCUCUUAAGUCGAUUGUUGAAGAUACUACUUGACUUUUAGUUUUAGCUUGUAAUUUUAGUUUGUGUUUGAGUUUGUCCUUUAACUAAACUCAUCUAUCUAUGUUUUAUUUUCUCUCGUUUCUAUAAUUAAGAACGAGAGCAUAUGUAUUAUAGUGGUUUUAUCCUUCUUCUCUUAAUUAAUAUAUGGUUUAGGAAAUAGCUAAUAUAUAUCUAGCACACAUAUUUACUGGGCGUUAAUGAAUAAAAAAUCCUUAUGGAUAUUGAUCUAAAAUCUGAAAGUGUUGGUUGUCACUUAUCCAAAAAAAUAUAUAUAUUGUUGGCUGUGAUGUCAAAUAGACUCUUUGUGCCCAUGUAUAAUCCAUUAAUCGUUAUGCUGUCGUUGUUCCUUUAUUUUAGUGCCUUAAAUUUUCUAAUCAUUUUAAGCUGACAAACAUGUGUAUAUGUUUAUUUAUUUAACAUGCAAUGUUUUUCAGUUUUUCUCGUUGAUUCCAAACUUAUAAACUUUCAACUUUGAAGAAGAUAAAAUUACUAUUUAUUUUCAAUCCGUUAAAUAUGUAUUCUCUGUUUUUUAAUAUUACAUAUUUUAGAGAAAAAAAUUGUUUUAAAAAAAUUUAUUUUAUACAUUUUCAAAACAUGUUUUAUUAACUAAUUAUAAAUUUUAAAAAAACUUAAUUGCACUUACUGAAUUUUUAUUUGUUUAAAAUUAUGGAACAAAAAUAAACACAAAAAAUUAUGCAAAUUUAAUGUAUUGUAUUAAAAUAUGUGAAAAAUGUAGAAUAUGUAAUAUUAAGAAACACAAGGGAGUAGCAAGCACACCAUUUCUGAGUAAACAAAAUAAGAUUAAAAUACUAUUUUAGUAUUUUCCAAAAAGUCUUAGAAAAAUGGAAAACCAAAAAAAGGUAGAAAAAUUAUCUAAAAUGGAGGAAAGUCAGAUGACAUUAUGUAACUACGCCUGUCAUGAUUUGAAGUCAUCAUCCAUAUCUAUGCACGUGUCUCAAACUCACCACACCCAUCCAAAUCUCUCUUAAGAUUCUAGCCGUACUACUACUACACAACUUGUCUCAUGACAUGUUUUUAGUUGGGAUUUUAAUAAAAGUAUUUUUAAUUGAUUUUGGGCUCAGUGGAAGCAAAACAAACACUUAUAUAGGAUGUCUUCCCAUUUAAAAUUGCCAAUUGUUUGUAGUAAAGCAAAUGAAAAUAGAGAGAUAUGAAUUUGAUUUAAGGAAAAAGAAGAAGAUUAAUAAUACAUAGGCUCAUAGAAUAAGAGCAAAGUAGAGAGUGUUGAUUAAAGUGCCAAACAUAAAAGCAUGCCUUGAUUCUUCUAAAGAAGGUUACAUAUCAGAGAAACAAGAACACUAACAAUAGAAAUUGGGGAAGAGUUAUGGCAAUAAACAAAGAUCUCUCUUCCUAUGCAAACAAUAACCUUAAAGAGGCAGUGAAGAAUAAGAAAAAAAAA